AUGGCGACACUACACAACGGAGUACUAGAGCCCGCCAAUCGUCUGAAUAGCUCGCAGAAUUUUUACGAGUCUGCGAUACCAGUUAAGGAUCAUGAUUCUAUAAAGUUAUUUGUAGGACAAAUCCCUCGAAAUUUAGACGAGAACGACCUGCGACCGUUGUUUGAACAGUUUGGGAAGAUCUUCGAAUUGACUGUACUAAAGGACAAAUAUACAGGCAUACACAAAGGUUGUGCCUUUUUAACCUACUGUGCCCGGGAAAGUGCAAUUCAAGCACAGAUGGCGCUGCACGAGCAGAAGACAUUACCAGGGAACUCUAGUUAUCGUGCGGAAAGGAAAUGGCUACAGAUGGAUGGACGGAAAAAGACAUCGCUGUAUUUUCUCGAAUGUUUUCGCAAAAUGAACUUUUCGUAUCAAAACAUGACACCAGGGCUUAGUGCACUAUAA